AUUUCCUUUAAUAAUACAUUUCAAUGCUAAAUUCCACUCCAUCAAUUUAUCUUCUCUCUCUAGAAACAGAGGUCUUCAUCAUCAGUGACUCUCUCCAAGACGAUCGAUCAAACCAAUUCAACUCAAAAUGAUGAAAAUCGUGCUAAAACUGGAGAGUUUGGAUGACAAAAUCGCGCAAAAAGUGAUGAAGAAAGUCUCCGAACUAUACGGAGUGGAAUCGAUGUCCGUGGACAAGAACAAGAAACUAUUGACGGUGACGGGGAUCAUAGAUCCGGUGUUGCUGGUGGCCAAGCUGAGAAAAGUGUGUAACACGGAGAUAGUGUCUGCCGGGCCAAAGGAGGGCGAGAAGAAGAAAGGCGACGAGAACAACAAGGGCGGCGAUGAGAAGAAAGGUGAAGACGGCAAGAAGAAAGGCGGAGCUCAGGCGGCCGGCGGCGGCGCUCAGCCAUUCGUGUACUACCCGCCGUACCCUUAUCAGCAGUAUCACUACUAUCAGCAACAGUACCCGCCCCCUGCUCCCGCAUAUUAUAACUCCUACAGAGCUGUGGAUGACACUUCACAUGGCGGCUGUGUUAUUUCCUAAUUUUUCUUCUUUUAUUGUUGAUUUGAAUGAUUUCCUCCCUCUCUCUCUCUAUCUCUUUAUAUCUCUUUCUGACUCUCUCUAUAUAUAAUCUAUUUAUGUAUAAUUAUUACACUCUAUAUGUUCUAGUUAGCUAUUUAUGAGAGAAUUGGCAAUGUACAGUAAAUAAUGUGAGUGUUGUUCUUGUCUUCUUGAUGUUCAUCAUGAGACGGUUUUAUGGUUGUAAUUACUAUGGAGCUAAAUAUGAGUUUAAUCAAUUUGAAUAA